AUGUUCCCGGCGGCGGCGGCCGGGGCAGCGCGGGCCAGAGGCGCGGCGCGCGGAGCCGUCGGCUGCCGGACGGCGCGCGGCGGCGGGCGGGCGGCCACUGGCCGGCUCUGCGCUGCCCCGGGGGCUCUGAAGGCGAGUCCCGGGCUUUGUCUCCCGCGCUUCUUUCGUGCUGACGGUCAGGGAGCUCCGGGUCGGCGAAGGACGCGGGCGGGACGCCGCGGGUCUCGGGCCCGGACGCGACGGUCGGAAGGGAAGGGGCGGACAAAAAAAGACCAAAUGGCAAAGCAACCUUCAGAUGUAAGUUCUGAGUGUGACCGAGAAGGUGGACAAUUGCAGCCUGUUGAGAGGCCUUCUCAGCUCAGGCCUGGGGCCCCUACCUCUCUACAGACAGAGCAGCAAGGUAAUCCUGAAGGCGAAGGGGACCGCUGCCCCCAAGGCAGCCCUCAGGGCCCACUGGCCCCACCUGCCAGCCCCGGCCCUUUUGCUACCAGAUCCCCGCUUUUCAUCUUUGUGAGAAGAUCCUCCCUGCUGUCUCGAUCCUCCAGUGGGUAUUUCUCUUUUGACACAGACAGGAGCCCGGCACCCAUGAGUUGUGACAAAUCAACACAAACCCCAAGUCCUCCUUGCCAGGCCUUCAACCAUUAUCUCAGUGCAAUGGAACAUUUCCUCUCCCCGUGUGGGGUUUGCAGACUUGAAUCCACCUUUGUGGGCUCCAUUAAUACUGAGACAGAACUCACAGCUUCCAGGAGGCAGUCUCAGGCUGUACCUGCAGAUAUGCGCCCGGAGAUGUGGAUUGCGCAGGAGUUGCGGCGUAUUGGAGACGAGUUUAAUGCAUAUUACCCAAGGAGGGUCUUUUUGAAUAAUUACCCAGCAGCCGAAGCCCACCCCCAAAUGAUUAUCUUACGACUGUUACGUUACAUCAUCCGCCUGGUGUGGAGGUUGCAGUGACGACGGGCUCCUCGCGGGGCCAGAUGUGUGCAGACAUUUCGCUGGUUCCGACCAACAAGCCCAGCACCGCGGCUAAGGGGUGCCGUUGCUGUGCGGCUGGCGGUUCUUCCCCCGAGAGGUCGUGCGGGGAGGCCGGCUGAUGUGAUCCGAGGACGCUGCACUGCACGUUGGACUUGACCUUUCUGUUCAUCACACGGCAGAAUUUCUGAUGGAAGUUUGUUGUGAAUGUAAAUGAGGGAGGAUUCUUUUAAAAAAAAAAAAAUGUACAAAUCAUGAUUCUUUGGAGCAGGAUUUUAUGCAAAAAUGGUGUUUACACACGGUGUGGGUUUUUUUUCCACCUUCUUUAAUAAGAACAGGUUUUUCAAAAAGGAAAUGGAAACUUUUUAAGCAACUCAUGAAUGAUUUUUUGUACUAAAAUUUUAGGAACUUAUUGCCUCCUCUCAGAGGAUGAUGUAAACUCUGCAGUGGAAACCGAGCCAGCUAGUUGAUAAAGCUGCCUCAGUGUAUUUUUAGAGAUGACUGUACAGAAUUUUUAAAGGGGAGAGGUAUGAGAUAGCCCCCCUCCCUGCCCUGCCAUUGGC